AAAACGUCAACCACCAACCUCACUUGCCGCUACUAGCUAGAACUCAUUAUUUGAUAACCCUUCGUCUCUCAAUAGGCUUCGCAACACCAUGCCCUCCAACCUUCUUUCCUAUCUCCCACUGCUGCUACCCUUCCAUGGUUUCCUAGUCGCUGCCUUGGAGGUCCAUGGCUCUGGAACUGCUAACCCCUCUCGCUGCUAUGGUUCUGUCAUGGAAGAAAUGCAGGCCCGCUCCAAGAUACCAUUGCGAAUGACUUACCGUUCUGUUGGGUCUUCCAUUGGUCUGGAAGAGUUUGUGAAUGAGUUCAACCCCCUUCGCUCUGCGGAUGAUUUUGGAUCUGGAGAGAUCCCCUUGUCAGAGGAACAGUGGCAGGGAUUCCAAGAUGCCAAUGUGACAGUAUUGCAUCUACCCACUCUUUUUGGUGCUGUGACCUUCUUCCACUCUGUACCAGACAUGCCCAGCCUAAAGCUGACCUCUUGCUUGUUGGCGCGAAUCUUCAUGCGUGAAAUUAAGGAUUGGGCCCACCCAGAUAUCCGUGAAAUCAAUCCUGGUCUUGACAAGUUGUUCUCCAGCAUCAGCCACAAUGCCAAUAGUUUGGGAAAGACGUUGCGCAUCCGUGUGGCUCGUCGUGAGGAGGGCAGUGCUGGCACCGAUGCUAUUACUCAGUACUUACGGCUUUCCUGUCCCCAGCACUUUCCUGCUCACAUGGUAGGGCCUCUCCCAGAAUGGCCCAUUGAUACAGAAGCUUGUCGGGGUACUCUAGGCAUGAAUGAUUGCAUCUCUGACGUUGACGGAACCAUCGGCUAUAAUGAAGCUGGCAUAGGUCUCUUUGAAGGAUUGCAGGAGAUUGCCAUCAAGAACAAGUACGGUCGCUUGUUGACAUCACAAAUUGCUGCUGCAAAUGGUGGCAUUGGAGUCAAAGAAUCUGGGGUCUUGCCUUCAGAACCGACUGCUGAUUUCAGCAGAGUUUCGCUGUUGGAUCAGCAAGGGGAAUACACAUGGCCCAUAACUAUUCUGACCUACAUUUAUGUCCGUACUGACCUCUCCUUCAAGACAAAUCCUGUGGAAAGGGCACUUUUGAUUGCCUUUUUGAAGGCAAUGUAUGAUCCCAGCUUUGUGUCUCCAUGUCAAUCUGACUAUAGCUUCUUCUUGGCAGAUGAUGCAGCCUUGAAGUUGGGCAUGAAGGGGAUUGAACUGUUGGAGAGCUCCAACAUGGCUCCUGAAGACCCAAUAUGGACUUUCGAAGACAGGCCUGAUCCCAUUGUUGGUACAGGAACCUAUGUGCUAUCAUCAAACAGGAGAAACUUCCCAGCGGUGGAACGAGAGCACAACAUUGAAGAACUGGAAGAUCUCCAAGCCAAAGUCUUGCAACUAAAGGCAAAGGUCUCGGCUAUGAAAUCAGAGUUGGAGAAUCAAAGUGGCAGUGGUAAUGACGGUGAAGCUGAAUUUUCACAAAAGUAUGAAACCAUGAUUGUGGCAGGUCUCACCAUGGCGACCCUCUCAUUAGUUUUUGUCUUGGGGAUUUCUGCUGUGGUUGUUCACCAAAAGCAGAACCAUGCUCUAGAAAAGUAGAGCAUGUAUCAUGGAUGACAUAUCUCAGGUAGCAACUCCGCAACUCCAUACCAUUCCACACCAAGCCAACCAAAUUUACACCUCCCAUAAUAAUUCAAGUAUGACUUUUUAGACAGCC